CUUCUUCCUUCUUAUUAGUCUUCUGUUUAUAUAUGAUGAAAGACGCUUUCUCCGACCGUAAAACCACCACCACCAGCCCCAGUGCCACAGCGCAAUCGGUGGCAGCGGCAAUGCAGAAGCCAUACUCAUCAUACUGCCGUUUCCUCCUCCUCCUCCUCCUCUCUCUGGGUCUUUCAUGGCCCCAGAACCUGCAGGCGCAGUAUCCCUACUACUACCAUCCCGACAACAACGAAGGCUCCUCCGACCUCGUCCGCCUCGAAUACCACAUGGGUCCCGUCCUCGCCUCCCCCAUCCACCUCUACAUCGUCUGGUACGGCCACUGGAACCCCAGCCACCAGUCCACCAUCCGCGACUUCCUCCACUCCCUCUCCUCCCCCGCCCCCUUCCCUUCCGUCGCCGACUGGUGGCGCACCGUCCGCCUCUAUACCGACCAGACCGGCUCCAACAUCACCCACACCAUUUCCCUCUCCGCCGAGCACCACGACGCCUCCUACUCCCACGGCCGCUACCUCUCCCGCCUCGCCAUCCAGUCCGUCAUCAAAACCGCCGUCGCGUCCACCGCCCUGCCCCUCAAUUACCGCAACGGGCUCUACUUAGUCCUCACCUCGUGGGACGUCCAGGUUCAGGACUUUUGCCGAGCAGUUUGCGGGUUCCACUACUUCACCUUCCCGACCAUCGUCGGCGUCACCCUGCCCUACGCCUGGGUGGGCUACAGCGGCGCCCAGUGCCCCGGCAUGUGCGCCUACCCCUUCGCCUGGCCGCCCAAGUACUACAAUUCGUAUUCAGAAGCCAACAAGAAGGACCACCUGGGAGACAGCAAAGUGACGAUAAUGGGGGCUCCGAAUGGGGACGCGGGGGUGGACGGAAUGAUCAGCGUGAUAGCGCACGAGCUGGCGGAGGUGUCGAGCAACCCGCUGGUGAACGCGUGGUACGCCGGGGACGACCCGACGGCGCCGACGGAGAUAGCGGAUCUGUGCGUGGGGGUGUACGGGAGCGGCGCUGGCGGGGGGUAUGUCGGAGAAGUAUAUAAGGACUACUGGGGGAAUGGUUUCAAUCUGAAUGGGGUGAGGGGGAGGAGGUUUAUGGUGCAGUGGGUGUGGAGCCCUCUCAAGAGCGCCUGCUUUGGCCCCAACGCCGCCGUGAACUGAUCGCCGGCCGGCAGCCACCGCCCUCGUCUCCGGUAGCUAUGUAUGGCUGGCUUUGUGUAAGCAUGAUGCAUGUAUCUCAAGUACAAGUAGCUAGGUUAAUUAUGACGUUCAAGAAUUUUUUUUUUUUUUUUCUGCUAAGUUUAAGUGGAGAUUUUAAGAUAUGAACUCUGAAA